GAUUUUUGCAACGACAUCAACAACAACAACAACAACGACAAAGUAAAUCUUGUGGAGUAUCGUGUUAGGUAUUAUUUACGUUCGGCGAAAAAUAUCAAGUGCCUCACCCUUGUUGACCUAUAUAAAGUAUAUCAAAGAGAGGCAGCGACGAUUUUUCACGUGUCUCUCUGAAAAAAUCGGCUUAUCGUCGUCGCCGUUAUACGGAGAGAAAUCGACGAAAAAGAUCGUGCGUCGAGUUGCCGCUGCAAUUGUGCGCGCCCGACAUACGUUCGUAUAUACACGUAAAAAGCGCCAACAAAAUAAGUUUCAAAUUGCGUGCGUACGCGAUUUACACACAAAUAUACAGUGACCGGGAAAAUUUCGCGCGCUGCUAAUCUGGCAUCCGCAUGGGGAGUUAGGUUCGAGGCUCGCGGAGGAGGCGUCGCAGCUGCUCUUGGAUCAGCUGCUUGUACUCGACUGCAGGACGUAGACGCACGCACGGCCGUCAUCCUGGAGUCAUCCACGUGCCACAAGCGACGGAAAUGUGAUGCCGAUGUGAAGGACGCAAAAGCAGAGCUGGCGGCUGCGACGCAGCGCAAUAUGUUCCCUAGCGCUCAAAUUAAAAUGAGAUUGAUGUCGCCCAGUAUCUCGCCGGCCACCUCGCCGACGAUGUCGAACUCGUCGUCGCCGACGCCGCCCACGCCGUCCGCGGCCGCACAGCAGAAGCAGAUCACCGGCAUACCCUGCGUGGCGGCGGCCUCGAGGUACACGGCGCCCGUGCACAUCGACGUAGGCGGCACCAUAUACACCUCGUCGCUCGAGACUCUCACAAAAUAUCCGGACUCGAGACUGGCCAAGCUGUUCAACGGCAGCAUACCCAUCGUGCUGGACUCGCUGAAGCAGCACUACUUCAUCGACCGGGACGGCGGCAUGUUUCGCCACAUACUCAACUUCAUGAGGAACUCGCGCCUCCUCGUGCCCGAAAACUUUUCCGAUCUCGAUCUGCUACUCGAGGAGGCCCGAUACUUUGACAUUGCUCCCAUGAUACGACAACUCGAGCAGAUGAAGAAGGAGCUGAUCCGAAUCAAGAGCAGCGGCGGCAGUAGGCUGAUAUCAAGCCCGCCGCCUCCCGAGGCUCACCAUCACCACCACCAUCCGCAUCAUCAUCAUCAUCGAGCCGUGAACAACGUGACGCAGCCCGACGACGUCCGAGGCCAUCAUCCGGACGGCAAGCAUCAGCAUCAUCAUCAUCAGCUGCUGCGACGCGCCGAGAGCUACGAGUGCGUCGCGCUCCACAUCAGUCCGGACCUCGGCGAGCGGGUGAUGCUGUCCGGCGGCCGAGCCCUCCUCGACGAGGUCUUCCCCGAGACGACGCAGGCCGUCCUCGAGGCGCGCUCGGGCGUCGCCUGGCACCAGCAGGACGCCCGCCACGUCAUACGCUUCCCCCUCAACGGCUACUGCAAGCUCAACAGCGUCCAGGCGAUCACGAGGCUGCUCAACGCCGGCUUUAGGGUCGCGGCGAGCAACGGCGGCGGCGUCGAGGGCCAGCAGUUCUCCGAGUAUCUGUUCGUCAGGCAGACCGCCGCCUCUUCCUCCUCCUCCUCCUCCUCUCCUUCGUCUUCUUCUCCUCCGCCGAGAAACGCGACGAGCCACCAACAACAGGCUGCAGCCGCCGGCAACACCUGACGCGCCUCGAGUAACACCAACGACAGCGGCAGCAGCAGCAGCUGCUGCUGUACCGAAUUCUGCUGCACAUCGCCGCCGAGAAAGAUCAUCAACAAUAAUCGCGUGACUCUGAGGGCAGCUGCCGCCGCCGCCGCAGCGCGAAGUCCUUUCAGCGAUUGAUGAUCGCGAGUAGCCAAGGCCGCCGAGGCCUCGUAAAACGUAAUUUGCUGUAAAUAUUAUUAUAUAUGAUUUUUCAACGUAUGUAGCCUCGAGUCAAUAUCAAUGUCGAUUUUUCGCAUAUAUGCGCACGACGGCUAAUUGACAACAACAACAAAAAAACAAUGAAAGUCUCUAAUCGUAUACAUAAAUAUAUUAUCUAUAUAUAGUUAUUAUAAUAUGAAAUAUAUUAUACAAAAGGCAGGACGCGAUCUACCGUCGAUAUAAAUAUAAUAUGAUAAAUGUAAUAAGCUGUCCAUCCACGAAUCGCGUCUCGCUCGUUAUUUAUUAUAUACGCAGAAAACGAAUCGUUAUUUCUAUAAUUUUGCUCGAGUUGGACGAGCGCUAAAUUAUCACAUCUGCAUCGAUGCUGAUGCGCGCGUAUUAUGACGAUUAUCGUCAACGAUUUUCAAUUAAAUGUCAAGCGAGACUCACUGCUCGCUUUAUUCGCGUUAAUCGAAGAUUUCUGUAUUACGAUGUAAUUACCAGCAAGGUUGACUUGGUGUAAUUGAUGCAGAGUAAAAUUUUUCUCUCUUCGAGUUUUUUUGUGUGUCGGGUAAUAAAAAAUCAAGCUGAAAAUCAUCGCUAUCUAUACUGUUGUACAUUUUGUAAAAAAAAAAAAGAAAGGAAAAAAACGAACGAACGAACGAAUUCUAUAAUUAUGAACUUGAAAAUAACAAUCUUGUAUAUAUGUCUUAAGAAAAUUAAAAAAAAAAGGAACGAAAAACUAUUAUUCAAUCCUGUGUAAAGAUUGAAAAUUUGCACAGCUCCGAGAAAGGGACUGUUGAUAAUAAAAAAAAAUUGAUUGUAACGUUGAAGUUUUUUGACGAUAACAAAAAACAGAAUAGUGAAAUACGCCAAGCGCGAAACGACUUAUUUAUAAUUUAUUCUUUUCUUAAAUAAACUAAUGAAAGUGUCCACUAUAAAUUACUAUACAAAAGCAGACGAAGAAGAAAGUCGGCGUUGUAUCUCUU